GUGAAAUUAUUGCGCCUCUUCGCCAUGAUGCUCACGCUGUCCCACUGGGGGUCCUGCCUCAUGUUCAUCCUGCUCAAGUCCUACAACUACCCGCGGCAGGCGUGGGCCGUGCGCUGGAAAUUGGUCCGCCACGAUAGCGGCGUGCCGCUCGUGUCCGUGGCGCACUGCUACUCCUGGGGCAUCUACAAGAGCCUGCUCCUGGUCGUGGGCACGGCCUUCCAGGAGUUCCCGUCGGCGCAGAUCUGCUACGACACGCAGGGCUGGUGCUUGGUCGAGUCGUGGAUGACGCUCGCGGGCUUAUUUUUGGGCUGCUUCUUCAACGCGGCCGUCGUGUCGACGAUCACGGCGAUCAUCGUGAAUUCCAACGUGUCCACCCAGGAGUUCGAGGAGCAAUUACUACGGACGAACGAGUACAUGCGGUCGCUGCACCUGCCGACGGAGCUGCGGGACCGCAUCCGCGAGUACUACUUCCACCGCUGGUCCGAGGGCAAGAUCUUCGACGAGACGCUGAUUCUGGAGCGGCUGAACCCGGAGCUCUGCACGGAGAUUUUGUUCUACAAGAUCCGCGAGCUCGUGCCCAAGGUGCCGCUCCUGCGGACGUCGGGCAAGCGGUUCCCGGAGCUGCUGGCCGCGUCCAUGGAGCCCCAGGUCUUCGUCGCCGGCGACAUCGUGGUGACGGAGGGCGAGACGGGCAACACGAUGUACUUCAUCGACAAGGGCCUCUGCGAGAUCUUCCUCGAGGCCGCGGGCAACGAGGUCGUGAGGGUCUUGGCCGACGGCUGCUUCUUCGGCGAGGCCGCGUGCCUGCUCAAGGUGAAGCGCACGGCGACGAUCCGCUGCAAGCACAUCAUGUCCGUCUACGGCGUCGACGGGGACACGGUCCAGGUCGCGCUGAGCGACUACCCGGACGUCGGCGCGUACCUCGAGCGCGUCGCGCGGAAGCGCAUCGCGCGGCUC